AUGGUACAGAUCAAUGUGGGACCCAGUGGGACUCCAUUCGAUAUUCACGUGGAGUUGCUGUGCAGUUGUUCCCCCUACUUUGACUUACUAUACGGCAAUCGCACUCUGGAACCCAUCCCAUCUGAUCCCAUUUGCUUUCCAGACGAGGAUCCAGAUGUCUUCGCCGAGCUCUUAGCUUGGAUGUACCACGGUGACGAUUCUAUCGACAUACCUUCUCGUUCUGAUGUCUUCUUCCUACUAAGGCUAUGGAUACUUGCCGAAAAAUUCGAGGUUUUCAAGCUGCAAAAUCAUGCGAUAGAGCUUCUCAGAAUUGAGAUUGAUAAACGGCCGGGUCGAGUUUUGGGUGUUAACAAGGUUGAUUAUGUCUACACCCAUACCCAGCCUCAAUCCCCUCUGCGUUUAUUUUUCGUCGAUAAUUGGGUUCGGAAUGCAACCCAGGCUCACUUGCUAAGCCGUCAAGAGCCACUGCCAUAUCCGUUUCUUAAAAGUUUUUGCAGUGCUUUGCUUGAACGGAGGGAAAACCCAAAUACUGCAGAGGGAGAAUUCGACUUUGCCGAACGCUACUAUGUAAGAAAUUCGCGACCGAGAGAAAACCACGAAAACAUAUUCUCUCGACAUGGAGACCCUCCGGAACCUGUUCGAACAGCAACCGCAGAGGAAGCGAGCAAAAGAAAAAUUGCAGUCCCCUCUUCCCGUCGUCACAAAUCGUCCCCUGCAUCUCCGUCACCCGCCAGGACACCAGUCUCCACCAAGAAGGAGAAUGCGGCAAAGAGUGAUUUAGCAAGUCAAAUGGAAGACUUCCAUAUCGUAUAA